AUGAAACCAAUUUUAAAUUUAGUGUUGCUAUUGAGUGCCUUUGUUCAUAUAAAAUGUGACUUUUAUUCAUCAGUUUCGGGCUUAGAAAAUCUACUCGCAGUGGAAGAAAACUAUUUGAACUCCUUGGAGAAACAUUUGCAACAAGUGGAAAAAGUUCACAAUGAAUUUAAGAGUAUUCUAGCUGAAAUCGAAUCGGAGCACUCUUAUGUGGAGCAAAAUGCCAGCCAAUAUUUUGACGAUCCCAUGAAUGCUUUUAAAAUUAUUCGAAGACAAGCGAUCGAUAUACCACAAAUCAAUGAUAUGAUCACAUCAAUUCAGGAUUUUAAAGUUUUUAAUGAAUCGCUGAAAACUUCCUCCGAGCAUAUUGUCCUACCCAGUGCUGCGGAUUUGAAGGGAGCAGCGCUUGGCUUAUCGCGUCUUCAAAAAAUUUACAAACUUGAUACUGAGGAUAUGGCCGAGGGCUAUCUAGAAGACGAAAAAUUUAGUUCAUCCAUGUCGGCCUUUGACUGUUAUAUUCUAGGACGAACCUUGUAUGAGGCAAAGGAUUAUGGAUUGGCCAGUGAAUGGUUGUUAGAGGCUCUACAUAAAACUGAAGAUCUUGAAAAUGGUAUUGUAGAAGAAGAUUAUGAGCAGAAGGAAGAGCAAUAUUUACAGGAAGAAGGUGAAGGAGAAUGGAAUAAGAAGAAGAAAGAUGCAAUGAAUGAUAUUCAAAUCAAUCCACAAGGAAAGAAUCAGAAAGAUGUAGAGAAUCUGGAGGAUAAUCUUCUUGAUGGUAAUGUUGAUAUGAACGAGGUGGAUACGGAUUAUCAAGACGAAGAACAUCAAGAGAAUGAAAAUGAUAUUGUCUUUGAUGAUGAUGAUCUAUACGAGAUGGAUUCCUAUAAGGAUCAUAAUCAUGAGAAAAAUCAAGAUGUUUGGGGAGAUGAUGAUCUCAAAAAUGUCAAUGAAGAUAAUGAAAAGGAUCAUGAAAAAAUCAAUGGGAAUAAUGAUGAUGAACUUAACGAUACAAAAAAUCACGAUAUUGAAGAUAACUUUGAUGCAGCAGAAGAAGAAUCAGAAGGCAUCUUCCCCUAUGUCUCCAUAGCGGACAUCUUAGAAUUUCUACCCGCUGCCUUGUAUUACAGUGGUCAACCUCAAUUAGCCUUGGCCAUGAAUGCCAAGCUUCUAGCUUUAGAUCCCCAAAACAAAUAUGCCCAUGAGAAUGGUAUACUCUAUGCCCAUAGUAUGAAGGAAAUGAGUCUUACGCGUAAAUUACCCACUACACCACGCAUUAGCGAAAAAGAAUAUCUCUAUACACGAGUAUGCAGCGGAGAACUGCAACAGUCACCUAGGGAGCAGAGACAUUUGCGUUGUCGCCUUGUCACCAAUAAUGUGCCUUAUUUCUUUGUGGGACCCCUAAAACUGGAAGAACUUAGCUUAGAUCCUUUUGUGGCCUACUAUCAUGGUGUAAUACAUGAUGAGGAAAUCGAUGAUAUAAUUGAUGCAGCCUCAAAUCGUAUAGAAAGAUCAAAGGUUGGACCACUCUCGGUUACACGAUUUGACGAUAUACGCGUAAGUAAAAAUGGUUGGCUCAAAUUUAAAGAGCAUAGAUUUUUGGAUAAAAUUGCACAACGCUUGGAGGACAUAACGGGUUUAUCUAUAGCAGAGGGCGAAGAUUUCCAGGUGGUCAAUUAUGGUAUUGGAGGACAUUAUGGACCACAUCACGAUUUCUUUUUGAAAAAAGAGAGCAACAUGAAAGGAAAUCGCAUUUUGACGGCACUAUUUUAUAUCAACGAUGUGGAAUUGGGUGGUGCCACUGUCUUCCCUUUGCUUCGUAUUUCUGCUCCUCCAAUUAAAGGCAGUCUUCUGGUUUGGCAUAACUAUCACAAGUCCAUGGAACCGGAUUAUCGCACUUUGCAUGCUGGCUGUCCUGUAUUGCAAGGCUCCAAAUGGGUUUGUAAUGAAUGGUUCAGCACUUAUGGUCAGGAACUGAAACGUCCUUGUGGUUUGGAACCAGACGAUGAAAUAUCCAAUAAAUAUAAACGAUUUUAUAAUUAA